AUGGAAGCGGUACCCAAAUUACCUUUAAUAAGCUUUGAGCUCAAAGUGAGCACUGAAAAUACGCAUUUUGGUCCAAAACUGAAACAAUACAUAGCAGAAGCGUACAGAGAAGACCCUGACAGUUAUGGCAAUGAGAUACAUCAGCUGGAAGGCUUACGGUCAACUGCAGUGAGACCUACCAUUGACGCGACAGGGCUUAAUGGACUCAUCAGAUAUUUUUGCCAGCUUCGAGCUAUACAAAGCCGAUUUCCGAUGGGAAAAGGUCAACCUGUAGCUUGUACUUUUGCAUGGAAAGAUCUAUAUGCCAACAUGAGCUGUUCUUUAGCAGAUAUAAAAUUUGAAAUGGCUUGCAUAUUGUAUAACAUUGGCGCUUUGCACACUCAGCUUGGUUCAUCUGAACCAAGAACAUCUGCAGAUAGUCUUAAAUCUGCAUGUCAGCAUUACCAACAUGCUGCAUGGGCCUUCCAGUUCCUGAGAGAACAAUAUCCGCAACCUCCAGGUGCUGAUGUCUCUACAGAUAUACUGAAAUUGUUACAAGAAAUUUGUUUUGCUCAGGCUCAAGAGUGUAUUCUUGAUAAAAGUAUACAAGAUACGAGAAAACCCAGUGUCAUCGGUUCUGUGGCUACUCAAGUUAUGUACUUUUAUAAGAACUCUCUAGCUCACUUAGGCCCAUCAACUGGCACUGACAACAUACAUGAGAUAAUUGGAACAAAAUUAUACAAUUACUGGCAUCGCUACUUGUCUUUUAAAUUGUCAUAUAUUGGCUGUAUUGUGUGUUUGUAUCAAGGUAUGCAUGCAGAAGAACAACAAAAGAUGGGCGAGAGAGUUGCAUUUUACCAACAGGCGGUGGACAAACUGGCUGAAGCAAGAAAACUUUCCAAAUAUAUAGAACCUGUGCAAAUAACUCAGGAAGCUUUAACAUUCACUAAUGAUGUAGUUGAAGGAAAAAGAAAAGCAGCUAAAAAUGAGAAUGAGUUUAUCUACCAUGAAGAAGUGCCUGAAAAAGACAUGCUGUCAGAUUUAAAGCCCGUGUGCCUUGUUAGUGCUGUAGCCAUCAACUUUAAUGAUCCAGAGGUAGCGGGAUCAGAUAUAUUUUCACGAUUAGUUCCAAUGGUAGCUCAUGAGGCCUCGUCGUUGUAUUCUGAGGAGAAGGCCAAAUUGCUUCGCCACAUCGGCAGUCAAGUUGAUGCAAAGAACACUGAACUUACAGAGUUUAUGUCUUCUCUACAGCUAGAUCAAUUAGACAUUUUGGACUCUGAUCAAAAAAUUCCUCAAGAAAUAGUUGAUAGAUGUGCCGCAAUGAACGCGAAAGGAGAGAUUAUUCCCAUUCUAGUAGAUUCUAUGAACAGUCUUGCAGAGAUCAUCAGUGAUGUUGAGCAUUCACUUGAUGAAAUUAAGAACCUUAUACAGGAAGAUACAAUGAAGGAAAAAGAGUAUCAAAAACAAAUGGGGCCCCGACCCCCGUCCAUAGUGCAAACAGAGAUAUCCCGUGAGUACCACAAGUACCAAGAAGCGCACGCGCGGACCAACGAGAGCAACCAAGUGCUGCACAAAGCUAUGACGCUGCAUAUUGCCAAUCUUAGGCUCCUAUCCCAGCCACUGCAUAUAUUGCAGAGCAAGAUACCCAGUAUCGAGAACAUUGAAGGUCUAGACCGGGAGACGAUGAAGGAGAUGCGGUACGUGGUGUCGAAGGCGCGCGAGAUGCAGCGGCAGCGCGACGCGCUCGUGCAGCAGCUGCGCGCCGCCGCCGCCGCCGACGACGUGACGGCCGUGCUGCUGGCGCGCCCCGGCCUGCCGCGCGACCACGUCUUCAAGCAGGAGCUGGACAAGCACACGCCCACCGUAAAAAUAAUCGAACAGAACUUGGCCGCUCAAGAGAAUAUAAUCAACAAGCUGACGUCGCUGUACGCGUCGUACGGGGAGUCCCGCCGCAUGCUGUCCGAUGUUCUGAGAAAACGGGAAGGACUUAUAAAUGCUUUGAUAACGUCGUACGACACGCACGCGGAGCUGCUGGGCAAGUCGCAGAAGGGGCUGGAGUUCUACCGCAAGCUGGCGCACAGCGUGGCGGCGCUGGCGGCGCGCGCGCGCGCCGUGUGCCAGGUGCAGCGCGAGGAGCGCGCGCUCUGCACGCAGCAGAAAGUGUCAACUCCCACAGCAGCGCCUGCACCAGGCUCGCGUAACGAAAACGCGAAAGUCUUAGACACCGUCCCGACCCCAAGUAGCGGAGGGACCCUCAAACUGAAGGACUACUUGCCGUACAUGAAGAACCGGUCGAUGGGAAGGAAUCAGUUACCGCAAGCUCCAACAGAGCCACUGCCCUCUGAAGGGUACUAUCCAGAGACGAUAUAUCCGACUUCAGUAAGACCUACACCUGUGGGGUCAGAAGCUACGGAGUUAACACAACCGAUGCCGGAUGGUGUAGUAAUGCCCCAAGGAAUGGCAAUGAUGCAGAAUCCCUAUUCUCGACAGUACACCCCAUACGCGCCAACCGAAAGUGACUCUUACAAUCCACAGGCUAGCUACGCUUUUCCCAUGACAAAAUAUAGCAAGCCCGAGGAAAAUUAUAGCUACUCGUCAUACACCCCUCCUCAGUACUCCGCACAAAUGCCCGACCCCCAAACAUAUACAAACCCUUAUUACUCAGCAACACAAAAUAACUCUACAGCGGUAACUGACUCGCAAAAUAACCCCUAUUCUAAUAUGAGUCAAAAUCCUAACCAAAACCAGUAUAAUGUUGGUAACGAACAAUAUAUGGCUAAUCAAAUUGACCCUAAUAGCCAAUAUAAUCAAGUAAAUCAAGACUUUAAUGCGAGUUUCGCUCAAAUGAAUAUCUCUGCGAAACCGGAUCCGACUAAUAAUUAUAGCGGGGAGUACGCACAAACUCAUUAUAGUGUGCAGUAUCCCCAAUCUCUUACGCCAAAUAUGGCGACAUACAGUAGUGCUGGACAAAAUUCAAAUACAAAUAUCGUAGAGUCACCUCUUCCAACUGGAAAUAGUAUGAAUUAUCCAUACACAACUGACCCUAUGGCGCCGUAUGGCCAAACGAAUGUUAUUCAAGGCCAAAAUGUACAAAAUCAACAACCAAAUGUAGCAUUUUCGGUACCGAAUCCGAUGCAGAAUAUGCAAAAUCCAAUGCAAAAUGUUGCUAAUCCUAUGCAAAAUGUUCCCAAUGCCAUGCCAAAUGUUCCAAAUUCUAUGCCAAAUGUAAUGCAAAACAUCCCAAAUUCAAUGCAAGCUGGUGUACAUCCUAUGCAAAACGUUCCAAAUGCUAUGCAUAAUAUACCAAGUUCUAUCCAAAAUGUUUCAACUCCAGUACAAAAUGUUGCUAAUCCAAUGCAAAAUAUUCAAAAUCCAAUGCAAAAUAUACAAAGUCCAAUGCAAAAUGUUCCACCAAAUCAAUUGCAAAACAUGCAAAAUCCGAAUAUAUCCUAUUCAAUGCCAGGCACUUCUAUGCAGAAUGUACCUAACCCUGCGAAUUUCUCUAAUCCAAUGCAAAGUGUCCCAAAUGCUGUGCCUGCCUCUAUCCCUAACCCUAUUCCCAACUCUAUCCCAAAUUCAAAUGCUAUCCCAUCCGUGUCCGGUUACAGUACAGAUCAACAAUACUCUUAUCCGCUUGCAUACGAUAACGUAUCUCAAGGCUAUAUAUAUACAAAUGCAGAAAAUCCUGCAGUAACAACUACCAGUUAUUCUCAAGCAUAUAUUGCGGGGCAAACCUACGGUAUGGCACCUGACCCCACUUUACCCAACCUAGAUGCAAUUGAUAAACCGAUUAAAUCACAUGUAAAGGGCGAAGCUCUGGCCUCGAACAUUCCAAAUUACCAAGGCUACAAUCCCCAAACUCACAUUAAUUAUCCCGAUCAAACGCCACAACAGACAAACACUCAAUUCUCAGAUCAAACAAACUAUGGGCAAAUGUACCAAAAUCAUCCCGGCUAUACAUUUAAUGCUACGAGUGGCAGUUACGAGUACACCUAUGGAUCUCAAAACACAUAUUCUAACUGGUCUGGACAAGGAAAUGUGGAACAGAAUGUGGGAAAAGAUCAACAGUGGAAUGCACCUGGGACGUAUACGAGCGCUGGCGCGUGUGAAACUGUUCAAUCCCCUUCAGAAACUCCCCAAAUGCCAUCCGACAAUAAUGCGAUAUAUUACAAUCUACCCUACGGAUACCUGACCGCUACUAACCAGGCAAAUGAAAUAGUCACCCAGUCAGUACAAAUGACCACCAACUAUGGUGCCAAUAUGAAUAAUUCGACUUAUAUGCAGUCCGGACAACUCCAGGAUACGAGUGUUACAUUUGCUAGCAGCCAAGUUUCAAAUGCGAAAGAAAAUGUCGCCGAACAGAGCGGUUAUGCGAACAACAAACAACCAAAUGUAACUAAUCAGAGCGCUCAAAAUGUAACCGUUAGUCCAAGCCAAUCAAAUGUUGCAUCCUCUCAAAAUUAUCAAGUAUCAACUAAGCAAAAUAACCAAUCAAGUGUUGAAUCUAAUCAGAAUUAUCAAUCAAAUGUUGAAUCUAAUCAGAAUUAUCAAUCAAAUGUUGGAAAUAAUGAAAAUUAUCAAUCAACUGUUAGAACAAACCCAAAUCAAUCUGACAUUAAGCAAAACGACCAAUCAAAUGUUUCAAACCAAACUGGAGUAGAUAAUACUGCAAAAGAACCAGCAGAAACCAAACCAUCUGCAAGCAAAGCAGAAAAUAAAGAGUUAUCAACAUUCGAUCUGUUAUCCGAAAUAGACUUUUCGGUUGAACAAAAACCGUUAAUGCCUGAAAUUAAAGUGCCACAAAUAUCAGAAAAAGCUAUAUUUAAACCAGCUGUUAUACCGAAAAUCGAACCUGUGAAGCCUGUUCCAAAGGAGGAGGUUAUUGAAAGGCCGCCCAAAAAAGAUAUAUUUUCGGAUCCGAGUUUGUUGAAUCAGUUCACUCAGGAAGUGAAGAAUUUGCAGAAGUUAACCGAUACUUUAACCAAUAAGACUCCGAGUGGGCUAACAGUUUUAGACGCUAAGUGGAAAAGCUUCCAAGAUGUACAGGCAAAAGAAAAUGCAAAUAGAUCAAAAUCGUUUGCGAUGCGGCAUUCGUCUGGUAACGUCGUAGCGGAGGUGGUGCCCUACGAUGACUCGAGGCUUACUUUGAAAUCUGACCCUGACGCAUAUAUCAAUGCCUCUUAUUACAAGCAAUUGGCUUCCUGGUGCGUUCCGCUAGUGAUAUCGAAAUGUCCUGAAGAGGCCGAGUACAAGACCUUCUGGAAAGCGAUGUUGGAAAAUAAGAUUGCUUGCAUCGUGUGUUUGCUGAGUGAAAUAGAGAUGCAAGGCAAGGCCUACUGGCCGACGGCCAAAGGCCAGUGCAUCGAGGCGGGCGGCGGCCUGCGCGUGGCGCUGGACGAGGUGGCCUGCACCGUGCACUGGACCGAGCGCCGCCUCACGCUCGCGCUGGGGAGCUCCGUGGCCAAAGUCGUACACUAUCAGAUCAACGUGUACCCGGCUAAGGUAGUGUGCCCGCCGCUAGUGGCGUUGGCGGACGCGGCGCUGCGCGCGGGCGGCGGGGCGGGCGGCGGGGCGGGCGGCGGGGCGGGCGGCGGGGCGGGCGGCGUGGGCGGCGGGGCGGGCGGGGCGGCGGGCGGCGUGUGCGUGCAGUGCGCAGGCGGCGCCGGGCGCAGCGCCGCGCUGGCGCUGCUGCUGCUGGCGCUGUGCCAGGUGCGCGCCGGCGACAUGCGCCUGUGCGACAUGUUAGAUGCAGCGUGUAUCAACUUGUACAAACAUAGGACAAAUGUGUUGGAAGAUACAAAGUACUUGGCGGAUGCAUACCGCACCGUCUUGUACUACGCGCAGGGGGUGCUUUGCUCCGGUACAACUAUGUUUAACGGGGAGGCAGUCUCGGGAGCGAGCGGUGCCUCCAUGCUUCCUCCCGUUACCCCCUCUCCCACUGCGUCUACUACUUCUAACAAAUCCAAAUUCUCCAAAGAAUCAUUCGAAGAAAUGCGACAAGCCCCUGGACUGAAGAGUGGCGAUAUGAAAGACCCCCUGAACUUCCUAGAUCCCUUGUGGAGUUUGAAGAAAAAG